CAUACGAAUUUAAUCGAAAGUUGAUUUCAUCAGAUUGUUUCACUUUAUAUUGUUAAUUUGCUGAUCAUCAAUUUUGCAUGGGAGUAGGAAAAAUGAAAUUACUUGUCCCAUUGAUCGUAUUGUGCUACACAGCAAGCACACAAACACAAGUCAAUCCCAGCUGUAAAGGUUGUAUGGGCCUAAUACACUUCAAUGAUGAAACCGAACCAAAAACUAAUCCAAUGGAAACAGCAGCUGAUACUUCGGAAACUGCAACUAAGGAACAGGAAGAGACACAAACAGUUCUAAUCGAACCAGGGACUGACAUAUAUGAAAUAGAUUUCAACGAUGAAAAUUCAUUGGAUGAAUUUGAACCGUGCUACUUUCAAGGUCCUUCUAAUUUAUUUAAAAUUAAAUCUUACGCAGAUGUGUCUGUGGAACCGUACAGAAACAAUUCGGUAAAUCAUUUGGGCAAUACGGGUGCAGGAUUUUCCUGCAUUAAAACAAAAAAACCCUUCGACCUGAACACAAAUACAAAAAUCGAAUUCGCGAUUUUUUUGAAUUCAAAUAGCGAAGAUGACUCAUAUCUAGAAUUACAAGCAUAUCAGGAAGAGGAGGGUACUUUCUCGAUUUAUCAACUAUGGUCCUAUGGAUUCGAGUGGCACGUUAUCAGUCAAGCAUUUGCCAAUAGUUUGACAAACGCAAAGAUUCAAAUUUUAGCACGCAUGUCUACUGAUACUACGCUAGCUAUUGAAUAUUUGCGUGUAACAUUGGCGUCUAAGACAGAUCCAACUGAGGAAACAACUGAUCCAACAGAAGCAACAACUGAUCCAACAGAGGCAAAAACUGAUCCAACAGAGGAAACAACUGAUCCAACAGAGGAAACAACUGAAACAACAGAAGAUGCAACUAAUCCAACAGAGGAAACAACUGAUCCUACUGAUGAAACAACUGAUCCAACAGAGGAAACAACAGAAGAUGUGUAGAAGUCUCGGACUCCUAUCUAAUACGUAAAAUGAAAGGCCACUGUUCGACUUACUAAUUACAAUUUAUUGAGCUCGUUUAAAUGAUGCUGACGCUAUGGUGGUCGAGUGAAUAAAGAUCUUCGUCGUAACUCAUACGCUCUAGUUAUAUUACGGUCGGUUAACCGAAUAUAACGAGAGAGUUCGUACUAAGAGAAUGCGAUGUUAUUUGACAUUUCGACACUUGUUACGUAGGGGUAGUGACUCAGUUCACGACCACUACAUUAUUCCCCUUUUCAACAAAAAAAAA